UGAUCUUACAAAAAAGCUGAACAUCGUUUCGAAUAACUCGUGAUUUCUCUAAUUAUUCAGAUAAGAAUUAGGCCUUUGACAUAAAUUUAUUACCUGGCUGGUCUUUUAUCUGUUAGCACAACGACGAUUACUGUCUAACGACUUCUUAUCAGCAAAAAGUGUUGAAGCAAUGGUGUUUAACCCCAGGUUUUUGUCUUUUUCUUGGACCAGAAUUAAUUACCAAGUUUUCGCUCAGCACAAAUUCUUCAAAAACCCUACAAGAUAUUACUGUAAACCCAAAACACUUCAACUCAAAUAUGAUGCUGUUAUUAUUGGAGCAGGACACAAUGGAUUGAUUACUGCUGCCUACCUACAGAAAGCUGGCUUGAAGGUUUGUGUCUUGGAGAAACGUCAUGUAAUUGGUGGAGCAGCUGUAACAGAGGAAAUAAUACCAGGAUUCAAGUUUUCCAGAGCUUCAUAUCUGCUGAGUUUGUUACGGCCACAGAUUUACAAAGAUUUGGAACUGAAGAAAUAUGGGUUAAAGAUCUUUUUAAGAAAUCCAAGUUCUUACACACCAUUGUUGCAGCCAAAUAGUUCAAAUCCCAAAGCUAAAUCUCUCACACUAGGACGAGAUAGCCACCUUAAUAAACUGCAAAUUGCUCAGUUCUCUCAAUCUGAUGCUGAGAAAUUUGAAAGAUAUGAAGAGCAAUUACAAAGAAUUGUGGAUUCUCUGGAUCCUUUGUUAGAUAAUCCUGCUCUACAUUUACCAAGUUUCAAUGAAAGAGGGAUUAAGAAAUACAUAGAAUCAUGGUCAUCCUUGAAUUCUUUUGGAAAGUCUAUAAAACAACUGAGUCAUGAUAAAACAGCAUUUCUUGAGUUAAUGACAGCCCCUGCUUCCAAGGUUUUGAAUAAAUGGUUUGAAUCAGAACCACUGAAAGCCAGUUUGGCAACUGAUGCCGUGAUUGGAUCAAUGACCAGUCCUUAUCAUUCAGGUAGUGGAUAUGUAUUGCUGCAUCAUGUGAUGGGUCAGCUGGAAGGUGUGAAGGGUGCUUGGGGUUAUGUCCAAGGUGGUAUGGGUUCAGUCUCUCAGGCAAUUGCUAAUUGUGCCACAGACCAAGGUGUAGACAUUUUCACAAACAAGCCUGUCAGCAACAUUCUGAUAGAGAACAGCAGAGCUAGAGGUGUUGUUCUAGAAGAUGGUACUGAAGUAAUUGCUCAAGCAGUAUUGUCUAAUGCCACUCCUAAAGUUACAUUUUUGGAUCUUCUUCCAAAAGGAACCUUAUCCAGUGACCUUACCAAAGAAAUAGAAAUGAUAGAUUAUUCUUCACCAGUGACAAAGAUCAAUGUCGCUGUGAAAGAACUGCCCAACUUUACUGCUGAUCCAAACAUCAAGAAGAACACACCAAUGCCACAUCACCAGUGUACCAUCCAUUUAAACUGUGAACACACUGAUUUAAUUCAUCAAGCUUAUCUAGAUGCACAAAAUGGGUAUCCUUCACACAAGCCAGUCAUUGAAAUGGUGAUUCCAUCCAGUGUUGAUUCAACUAUUUCUCCCCCUGGCUCUCAUGUUGUCUUACUCUUUACCCAGUAUACACCAUACACUCUAAAGAAUGGACUCUUUUGGGAUGAAGAAGCCAGAAAGAACUAUGCAGACAUAGUGUUUAAUGAUAUUGAAAACUAUGCCCCUGGAUUUAAAUCAAGCAUCGUUGGAUAUGAGCUUUUGGCUCCACCAGACCUUGAAAGUACUUUUGGACUUACAGGAGGGAAUAUUUUCCAUGGUUCUAUGAGUCUUGACCAGCUAUAUUCUGGUAGGCCAACAACUUCCUUGUGUGGUAACAAAUCUCCUGUGUCUGGCCUCUAUCUUUGUGGCAGUGGUGCACACCCAGGUGGCGGUGUGAUGGGUGCAGCUGGGAAACUUGCAGCUGAAAAACUUCUGAAAGAUCUGAAGAAACUAAAGUGAAAACAAUUCUUUUCUAUUCAAGUGUGAGAUGAGGAAAAUUUUAGUCUUCUGUUAUAAUUCCUUUGACGCUUAGGAUGCAUAGAAGGAAUAUUAACUAACUACAGUAUUUAGCUGAUAUUCUCUUUCAUCAGCUCCAGAAUAAAAGCAAAGAUUGACCUCCAACUCAUAAAAGUCCACAAUUAAACCCUGUAAGGCAUUUUGUCUGCUGCUGUAAUGAUUUUGUCAACUGAAAAAUCAUAACUAAAAAAGAUGAUGAUAAAAUAAACUAAAGAAAAACUGAGGAAAAAAUAAUACAAAUUUAAGACCUAUAUGUAAUAUAGUGAUUUCUUUCAACUUGUCCCUAAGACACUACAGUUUCACGAGUGAAGAAAUAUAAUGUUCAGACAUUCAGGCUUUUCCCAAAGGCACUUGCAGUCUAUGUAAAUGAAUCUUUGUCAGUUUCAGCAAUGUAUAUUUCAGUUGUUUAAUCAACUGAGCUAUCUAUUGAAGUCUAAUGUAAGUAAUAUUCCACAGAUACAUGUAUUCAUAACAUAAUUCUCAAACAGAAUCAUCAUGACACAGUACGUGACAAUGAUGGCCCUUCGAAUCAUGAGUAAAAUCCAUUUGAUGGGUUUCUACAAUUUCUAGUUUUUCAAUUCUAUUCACAGCAUUGGGUCUACCAGGGAUUAUAGCAAAAGAUAUCCCACCUUGUUCAAGAUGUCAAUGGUUGUAAGAUUGAACCUGAGAUCUUACGAUUGAGACUGGAAUUUCUUAGCUUAUAUGAAAAAUAAAUGGCAUAAAACAAGAAUCAAAA